AUGACGCCCUCCUCCGCUCUCGCCCUCGCGCACCACGCCGCGGCGUCCCCGCUCCCGGCCUCCACGCCGCGGCCCUCUUCCAGGUCCAGCUCGCUGAGCCUGGCGGGCCCGGGGGCCGCCGUGCUCGGCCCGCGACGGCUCGUCGCGGCGGGGCCCCCGCGGGCGUUCUUCUCCUCGUCCCCGUACCAGCCGCCCCAGCAGCCGGAGGGGUUCUCGCCGCACCGGGAGUACGGCCUGGUCCCCAUGGUCAUCGAGACCACCUCCCGCGGGGAGCGCGCCUACGACAUCUUCUCGCGCCUGCUCAAGGAGCGCAUCGUCUGCAUCCACGGGCCCAUCGCCGACGACACGGCCUCGCUCGUCGUCGCGCAGCUGCUCUUCCUCGAGUCCGAGAACCCGCUCAAGCCCGUCCACCUCUACAUCAACUCCCCCGGGGGCGUAGUCACCGCGGGGCUCGCCAUCUACGACACCAUGCAGUACAUCCGCUGCCCCGUCACCACGCUCUGCAUCGGUCAGGCGGCCUCCAUGGGCUCGCUCCUUCUCGCGGCCGGGGCGCCCGGUGAGAGGCGCGCGCUGCCCAACGCCAGGGUCAUGAUCCACCAGCCCUCGGGCGGCGCGCAGGGCCAGGCCACCGACAUCGCCAUCCAGGCCAAGGAGAUCCUCAAGAUGCGCGACCGCCUCAACAAGAUCUACCAGAAGCACACGCGCCAGCCCAUAGAUAAGAUCGAGCAGUGCAUGGAGAGAGAUCUCUUCAUGGACCCCGAGGAGGCGCGCGACUGGGGCCUCAUCGACGAGGUCAUCGAGAGCCGGCCUGCCUCGCUCGUGCCCGAUGGAAUCGGUGGAGGCCUCGAUGUGCCCAGCCUCGGUGUCGGUCCCGGCGGACGGGGAAGGGACGCCGUGGAGCCUUCGGCGGUGUGA